AUGAAAAACGAAAGUGAAAGCAGAGUUUCAAUUGACAAUUUAUCUAUCAAUAAGGCUACUGCUCCCUUGGUAACAAAUUACAAAUAAUUGGUUUGUUGCUUAGUGAAAUAAAUGCUCUUUGAUGUUGUGAUUCCUGGAUAAAAGAUGUUCACAGAAGACAAGAAACAAAAUUUGAGAAACUAGAUAUUAUUCUAUCAAUAAGGUUUUGCUAGAAACAUGAAUGAUGAGCAAGCAUAUUCAGAAUUAAUAAUGUUGAGUACAUCAUCUCCUCAGUUUAUAGAAUUGCUCAAAAUGACUUGCUUUAGUUUGAUUGGAUAAAAUCAAGAGAUUGAAGCUUAAGUCAAUAAAGAAUUGAAUAGAAGUAUAUCGUCGAUUGAAACCUUUAGUGGAAACAUCAAGAUGAUAGAAAAAAAUAUCAUUGUUAAUUGGUCAACUAAUAAGCAAAAAUUAUACAGUAAGACCAUCAUUGAUAUAAUAAUGAGAGGGUUUUUGCUAAGUUACAUAUUAGAGAUUAUUAUUCGAUCCUCUUUGAAAUAAGACUUUACUUUCAACUUUUCUAUUACAAUUGAAUACAAUUAAUGUUGUUUGGAGAAAGAAGUCUAGCCCACAUUUAAGAUUAAUGAUUAGACAACACUAUAUGAAUUUAAAUUUUAUAAGUAGUGA